CUCGGGAAAAACAACAAAUUUUGUUGAUAAGUAAUACCUUGGCCUUCAGGUUAUUGCUCGAUAUCAUGGCUGUUUGUAAAGUGAUAUCGGGUCCAAACUGAAGGUCCCGAUGUUUAAUCAUAAGUUAGCGACUGACUUUCCAAUGCAAACUCUUCGAAAGAAAACCAGCCCUUGCAAAUAUAAGAACGAGCCGGGGCGCUUUCUCGGCGAAGGCGUAUCAUUUCGAGCGAAGUUGAUUGGCGUGCUCGAAGUGCCUGAAGCGCGAGGCGACAGGAUGUGCCAGGAGGCGCUGGCCGACCUCAAAAUGGCCAUCCGCGCCGCGGGAGAGCACAAACAACGCAUACAGGUCCACGUAGCCAUUGACGGAUUGAGACUACGCGAUGAUAAGACUGGCGACUCCCUGUACCAUCAUCCAGUGCACAAGAUCUCCUUCAUCGCGCAGGACAUGACGGACUCGCGCGCGUUCGGAUACAUAUUCGGCUCACCCGACACUGGCCAUAGAUUCUUCGGCAUUAAGACUGAUAAGGCAGCUAGUCAAGUAGUAAUAGCAAUGAGGGACUUAUUUCAAGUAGUGUUCGAGUUGAAGAAGAAAGAAGUGGAGCUGGCGAAACAGCAGCUGGUGGAAGGCAAGGCGAUCUCGAGCAGCAGUAUCAUCAGACAUACAGCCAGUGGCAUUAUUGAAUCCAGCAAUAAAUCUAAGAGCAUUACGUCAACUGGUGAGACAAGUUCAUCCACAACAAAAAACGUAGAAACGGGCGCUGAGGGAGGCGUAGCGGAACUUGUCGAUUUGGAACAAGAACUAAGCUCGUUGAGGAGAGGGCUCACGCAAGUCGAGGGCCUAACGCCUUCGACGGAUCCUUUUGGAGAUUCCUUCAUAGUUCCGCCACAAUCACAGAAGGGCCUUCUACCCCCUCCUCCGUCAGGCUCUUCAACACGAGGUCGCAACACUCCAUCCUCCCGCGUCUUCAGUCCAAACAAGCAACCGAGUCUCGCGACUUUCGACCUAAGCGCGGUCGCCGCAGACUUCGACACCGCGCCGUCAACGUCACAGCCGUCUUCGUUUUCAAUGUUGGAUAAAUUUCACGCAGAUGAACCUUCGGUACAGUCGGGCGAGUCGACGUUAAGUUACGACGUAUUCACCGAGCUUGACCCGCUCGGCACCGGCAGGAGUAAACCUUACGUUGACAAAAAACUCUUCUUUCAGGAGCUCAAAAAUCCGCCAAAGAAAGUUCUCAAAGACCUCGUACCCACAACACAAACUACGUCUUUACUGUCAGAGAUAUUACCAGAGCCUAAGGUUACGACUGCCAGUGCGACAGAUUACGGGGCUUCCACAACAAUGACGUCACUGUCUCGACAUUCAGGCGGAACCGUGUCUAUAGCAAAGCCUAGCUCGUAUACGUCAAAUAACUUCUUCUCUUCGGACCCAUUCGCAGAGACAGAUCCAUUCGAUAACACCGAUCCGUUUUCGGACUCGUUUAAAGAUGAUCCUUUCACGAGUAUGGCGGAGUUUCCAAAGUCUCUACGUACUGAGCAAUUGAAGAAUAAGUUGAGCAGAGAACUGGAUAAGGUGGAGAAGGAACUCAGUAUGGAUGGGAAGAAUGUGUUCAAUGGGCCGCUGCAAGUCAGCUUACCUCCGGAGCCGGUGCCUAAGUCGCCUAGAUUGCAGAGAAUGAACAUAGACACAAGCGGGAUAAGCACACUAAUAAGGCAGCGUCCCCAGGCAAGUUCCAAAGAGAACACAUCACCACCGCCGCCCUUACCUCCGAAGAAGAUAGCUGAUAUUGUCAUCGCUAGACCACCGCCUCGGCCACCACAUGACCAUGAACUGGAUCAUGAGGACAUUUCAGAUACUAAGCCUCCUUUACCUCGUCCGGCUAGAAAAAAAGAACCUAUGGCGGACCGCAGCACAAAGCCUCGUCUGUCAUCAGCGGCCACGAACAGCAGCGAGGAGGAGUAUCUAACUCCGGUGCCACCGCCAUUACCAGCCGCGCGCCGAUUUGACAUCACGCUUAGUCAGUUGCUGGUGCUCACCAUGCCUGAACUUGCGGCCAGAUUGCGAGUGCCCGAGGCAACAUUGUCGUCAAUGACUUUGCCACAACUCACUGAAUAUUUAAGGUCAUAUUUGGCGGCGGACAAUGAAAGAGCGCACAUUCACAUAGAACCUUCCUUAAGGAGACCCGAAAAAGAAAAGUUGCUAUCUUCAAUAUUGCCAUCUACAACUAUAACAUCAGGAACUACGUUAUCAUCAACGGUAACGCUACCAUCAAAGGGACCUCAAUCAAGGGGAAAAUUACAAUCAACGUUAACAGACAAAUUAUCGACAGCGUCAACUGCCCCGAUAACUGAUUUCAAGCCUCAAUUUGAAGACAACUUCGCGCCCCCUUCCACAGAAAGUGGAGAAUCGUUCGUGGCCAAUUUUGACGAUUUCGACAAGAAAGCUAAUCCUUCUUACGAUAGAUAUGCUGCAUUUAGAGAAAUACAAGAACAAGAAUUGAAAUCUAAAUCUAUCUUAGACCCUUUAGAAAACCUUAAAGACGAACAAAAGCAAGAUUCGGACGAAAAGGAGGAAUUAACAGCAAUAAAUAACAUAAUAAAAGCAAAUCAAGAGAAAGAAGAAAACAUAGAACUUUCUAGAAGCCCUUUAAAAUCGUUAGACGAAUUAACACUUGAUUCAUUUAAUAUGUUCAGAAACUCUGUCAGUCCAAAACCUUCGCAGAUUGAUGCGAAAAUUGAAGAUAUAAAAUCAGUUAUGAUGAAUUUGCAAAUUGAGAAAAGUCGACGUAGUGUAUCUCCUAGGGAAAAUAACGUAGAACAUAAAAAGGAAGACUCUAACGAUAGAUAUGCAGCAUUGCGAGAGAUAACCAUAACAGAACCUCCACAGGAUGAAUUCGAAUCUUUGCCGCCUGAAGGUCCGAAAGAGAGAAAGAGAAGUGAUGAAAAGUCCGACGGUUUUGAUAAUUCAGAUUUCUUCGACUGCAUAGAUAAUAGUUCUCUUUCUUUCUCGCACGUAGAAGAUGCGUUUAGGAAAAGUCCUGGGGUGAAAGAGAGAGAAGAAGUAAAGAUUGAAGAGAAGAAGGAAGCGCCUAUAGAACCACCUCCGGUGCGCGAGAUGCCGCCGCCGCCUGCAAGGUUGUCGACGGGGUCUAUUAGCGAUGUUGCUAGUGGAUCGUCGCCUGAUACUAAAGAAAAGUGCGUGGGUAAUCGCGGUGCAAGCCGGGCAGGUCGUUGGGCAGUGUUAGGAGGAGCAGGGGCUUCGCCGUGGUCGUCGGACUCGCGGGAGUCGGAGCCUCGCCCAAGGCGACGCCGUGGUCCGCCGCACCACAGUCCUCCAGACACUAGAGGCGCUAUGGUACAAACGUCAUCGUCGUCGCGUGACGUAUCGCCCUGGGACGAGGAACCUCCGCCUGUUACAAGAUUACAACGACCGCCUUCACACCGAGAUAGGGAAUCCAGUAGACACAACUCAUCAGGCUCAAGAGAAUGUCUAGACUCAGGCAGUGGGAGAGAAAAGGACAAAAAGCGUGACAAACGUGACAGUCGAGACAGAGAUAGAGAUACUCGCGAACCACUCGACAGACGCGAUUCCGGCAGCAGUCGCGACCGCAACAGGAGAGAUAACAGACGAAGUAGAGACAGGGAAAAUGACACUUGGGACAGAGAUAGGAACUAUAGCAGAGAGAGAGAUUAUAGAGACUCGAGGAGCAGAGAGAGACAGAAGGAUUAUAGAGAUAAGGAACGCGAUAGACAAAGGAAGCCAAGACUUUCGUAUGAUGAGGAGGAAGACUACAGCGACGGUUGUGGGUCAGGGAGGUCGUCACCGCGCGACCGAUGGUCUGACCAGCGGUGGAGAAGAGAUGAAAGAAAUUACGGUUCUCUAGGGUGGCGAGAAUCCAGGCGUAGGAAUGAAAUUAGACAAACUGAAGAUCCCGAAAGAAGGUAUGGUUCAACACUCGGCUGGCCUGCACGCCGUUCAAGCAGUCGCCGCGACGUCGACCGCGAUCGUGACCGUGAUCCACGUGAACCGCGCGAACCUCGUGAUCCACGUGAUCCACGUGAUCCGCGUGACCCACGUGACCUACGUGAACCGCGCCGUCGAUCUAGAAGAGAAGAACCAAGACAACGAUCAAGAGAUUAUAGAUUUUCAAAUGAUUUUUCCCCAAGGGAUAAUAGGGAUCAUCCGUCACCAUUUGAUAAUGAUUUCCAAGAUACACCGACGCCCGUAACGAAGAAACGAGCGCCGUAUUCUAGCUUGGAGGGAACUAGGUUCUCAUUUGAGCCAGACGAAGCGGCAGCGUCACCACUAUCAGGAAGCAGCGCGCGACGCGACAAUGACUCGUCGACGACGCGAUUCCGAUUCGACUCCGAUUCGAUCUCGCCGCGGUCCAUGUUCGAAGACGAUUUUACCGCAAUGUCUACACCUAGAGGUCGCACAGCUUCCAUAGCCGAAGAAGAUGAAGACGUCCCUCCCCUCCGAGCGAAGCCACAACAAGCACAUAGAGAUAUCAAGAAAUCAGAAUCGGUAAACAUCUUCACUAGAGAUUCCGACCCCUUCGAAGGGGAUGAGUUCUUCGCCUGUACGGGAUCCAACCGUGCCGCGCGGAGGGAGAACUGGCCGGGAGACUUUCAAGGAUUCGACAACGCGUGAGCCGUCCGCUCUGUUAGAUUCGUUUAGUAUUGCACACCAAUAGUAAAUGCUAUAGAUGUAAUAUCGACACUGGCCUCGAAAACAAGACACAAUAUCGAUAAUAUUUUACCAAUAGUGUGUCAGUGUGAAUUUCAAAAUCGACUUUCGAUAAUGAAACUAUCGAUAAAUGUGCAAAACUAGAUCCAUUACACUACGACCAAAGCAAUAGUGAUAGUGCAUUUACAUGGACACGUUUAUGUGAGGAUUGGUAUAUGUAGGAAUAUUUUUUAAAUUGAUAUAAACGAAUAUGUAAUUCGGUAUUUCUUGCCAUGAAGUUAUAUUAGGUAGAUAUCGAAGAUCUCAUUGUCUGACGUUAUUCAUAUCGGUGUCUAGAUUUCCCCUUAAAGCCCAUUCGUAGUGUGGUAUGGAAUGGCAAAUGACACGUGACUAUAAGAAUGGAAACCAAGGUGUCUGCACCGUACGCGCAGAGUUUUAGUGACGUAGACAUGGUCUCAUCGCUAUGAAUUAAAAACUUUGCUACGAAUUGAUAACCAAAAUUUCACUCGAUACCAUUGUCUCAAUGACGUCAGUAUUAACACCUGCUGUUCUAAUUUAAAAGAAGCUAUUCAAGUUGCAACUGUCGCCUAGCCUGUAUGCAACAAGUUUCUACAGGGUUAAUCGACUGUGGCUAUUUGAAUGGCGCUCUUGAGCGGCGGUUUGUUAGACAGUUCUUGGUACGAUCGCAAGGUAUUAUGCCAGCUUUGCACAUAGUUUUUUAAAUAAUAAUAUUUUAUUAUAUUGUAUUGAAAUAUAUUAAAAUGCAUUGAAAUACCUUUUUCACAUUUGUAGUAUUAUAAUUAGGCAUGUACGAGUAAAUUCGAUAUUAAAUGCGAAGUCAUACUAAAAUUUACCAUGUAUUCUAUGGUUCUAUAACAUUAAAAGUUAGAGAAUAAAACAUGUAUAGGUAUACAUGGUAAAAUGUCGUAUAUAUAAUUAAUUACUCGUUCAUUUUUGUAGAGACAACCUGUGAUAUGUUUAAGCAACGCUCUACAAAUUUUAGUUUAUAUGAUGUUUUAAAGCCAAACGUAAAGUAUUCAAUAUUCCGCACGUAUGUACGUACAUAUAUUUUCUUCUCGUUUUAUCGUAUACCUGUUUGCAGGAUAACGCGCAGGAUAGUGAAUACUUGGUUUUUGAAAAUCAUGUUGCCUUAUUUGUGAUAGCACGGCAGAGAACUUAUGUAAAAAUGCGCAUACAUUUGUUAUCAUUUCUCAAGUAAAUAAAAAUGGGGUACCGUGAAACAUUUUUUCAUGAGAUUUCUAGUCGAACUAUGUAUUUAUAUCGUAAAAUUUAAAUGAAUUCGUUUUUGUAUACAAUUUGUGCUGUUGAUUUUUAAUUAUUUUUGCCAGAUUUAGGUGAGUAUUUUUGAUAUCGUGUAGAAUUUUAUAAUUUGACAAGUAAAUACUAAUUUGACGUUAUGACUAUAUUAACAAAUACAUAAUCAAGCUAACUAGUUAAAUAAAGACCUACACCAUUUUGCUGUUAAUUUAUCACCUGAUUAUAGGCGUCCCGGUUGUACGAUAUAAAAUCUUAGGAUUGAAAUUGCAACCCGUCAUCACAUGUGCAGCACGACAUCUACCAUGCAAAAUUGCAACACUAUUACUUAGUACCAGGAUAAUUUUCAGGAUGGUUUUCUGUACCUAAUUUCGGAGGCAAUUCUUUAUUUAAGUAUUCAAGUAUAUUAUCUUGAAAUAUAAAUUAUAUUUCAGGUACUACACUCGACUAUUUAACAAUAUACUUCAUGAUAAUAUUCUGCACCAGAGUUUCUUAGCCUUUUUUUUAGUCAUGGACCCCUCUAAAAAUUUCAAAGAGCCUACGGACCCUUUCCAAAGAGAUGAAGGAGCAGAAAGCCUCGUGUGUGGUAUUGACGCGCUUCUCCCUCGCUCUAAUAAUGGAUGUCAAAGGGCGCAUAAAUUCAAAAAGGUCAACAUUAUAUACCAAUUUUUAUAUUAAUACAUUAUGUUAGGUAGGCUCGCCAUGGAUCCCCGGCCUUCAUUACACGGACCCCUUAGGGGUCCAUGAACCACAGGUUACGAAACCCUGUUCUAGACUAUUUAAAUAAUAAAAAUUGCCACAGACGUUUGGCAGAGAAAACUAACCUGAAAAUUAUCCACGAUAAAAUUUUUAACACGUGCCGCUCGUGUUGUGCUGCCAUAUGGUUCUUCUCUUGACUAACUGUUAUUGACAUAUUAUUUUAGCAAUGUAUUUUCGAUUUAGCACUUGAUAUUUUGAGCUGUAGCUUCUGUCAAAUUCUUUCUAUAAAUGUUAUAUUCAUAAAGGCAGACGAUUAGACACAGACAGACAUAUACGACAAAAGGAGAAAAUUCGUAUUGAGAGCUGUGUAAAGGUGCUUUUCCACCGGCGAGGUGAGAUGAGAGUUGAAAUUUCGCCGGCCGAUUUUCACCAAAGGAGCAGUAGAUAUCAUUGUGAAAGAGUUCGUCCAGAGAAGUACUCCCUUAACUAUUUGUGUCGCCAAGCAGUGAUGUCAGCAUUACUGCGUUCCGGUUUAGAAGGAUAAGGGUGCUGUUUA